AUGUCGCGAGAAGGCACUCUCCCGGCGGAACGCGCUCGCUUCUACGCUUGCGAGAUGAUCCAAGGGCUCAAGGCCCUGCACGAGGCCAAGAUAACUCACGGAAACCUGAAGCCCGACAACAUCCUCUUCAACACCUUCGGCCACGUCGUCAUAUCUGGCUUUGGUUCGAAUACAAAGACAUUACCAUCAUCGCCGAGUACGACUGGGGAGACGACGAAGUCCAUGCUUUACCAAGCCCCGGAACAACUGUUGGGUUGGAGCCACGACACCCACGUAGACUGCUGGAGCUUUGGCGAGGUGCUCUUUACGAUGCUCUUCGGAUGCGUGAGUGCGGAAGGGUGUUUCAUACAUCAUGGCUGGCUGAUUGCUUGA